AUGUCCCGGGGCACAAGCGCCGGCCCCUCCGCCUCCUCCUCCGCUCGCAGGCCGGAGCAGCCUCGCGUGCCUUUCCCCGAGGACCAGUUUCUGAGCAUUUGCCGCGAGGUGCUCAAGCCGAGAGAGACGGCCGGCGGACCCUGGCAGCUCAUGGUCGACUCCGGGAGCUUCAGCAUCUACCGGCUCCUUGACGAGAAAACUGGACUAUAUGAGUAUAAAGUGUACAGUCUUCUUCCUGAUUGUCCCCCAGAGCUAUGUGCUGAUGUUUACAUGGAUUUAAACUACAGGACAAAAUGGGACCAGUAUCUUAGAGAAAUGUGUGAGAAAACUCAUGAUGGCCUAUCAGUUAUCUACUGGGAAUUGAAAUUCCCUUUCCCCUUGGCAAAUAGAGAUUAUGUUUUUAUUCGUGAGCGUCAAGAUAUGGAACUUGAUGGACAGAAGAUCUAUGUUAUAUUGGCUAAAAGUGUGACCACUUCUAAAUUCCCAGAAAAGCCUGGGAUUGUUAGAGUAAAGAAUUAUAGACAAAGUGUGGCCUUCGUAAGCGAUGGCAAGAAAGGGUCCAGAGUUUUCAUGUCCUACUUUGAGGAUCCUGGUGGCAAAAUUCCUUCGUGGCUUGUCAACUGGGCAACCAAGACUGGAGUGCCUAACUUUUUGAAAGAUAUGCAGAGAGCUUGCCAUACUUAUCGUAAGAGAUAA